CUUUUUCUUCACCAGGUGCGGGAAACGAGAGGUACCAUGCAGAAUAAUUUCUGCUGAAGCGACUCGCAUGGUAGCCUGUUGCUAAGGAAUAUAUUUUUUGAUUUGCUUUUCUGUGCGGAUAUUUCAAAUAUUGUAAACUUUUACAGCAAUUAUGUCACGAUAUCAUAAAGCGGCCAUCGAUGGCUACUUGGACCUCUUGAAACAGGCGACCAGGAAAGAUCUGAACACCCCCGACGAGGACGGCAUGACCCCCACUCUAUGGGCAGCGUUUCACGGACACGUCGAAGCACUUCAACUUAUUUGUAGCAGAGGGGGAGACCCUGACAGGAGUGACAUUUGGGGCAAUACCCCUUUGCACCAUGCAGCCUCCAAUGGUCAUAUGCACAUCCUGAGCUUCCUGGUUAACUUUGGGGCCAACCUCUUUGCCAUGGACAACGACUUCCACACCCCCAUGGACGUGGCGGCCUCGCGGGACCGCAUGGACUGCGUGCGCUUCCUGGAUGCUGCCGCCUCACAGCAGACCAACCAGAACUCCAAGAAGGUGGCCCGGCUGAAGGAGAAGGCGGCCAAGGAGGCCGAGCAGCGGGUGAAGAUGUGCGAGAAGGUGAAGAAGAAGCACCAGAGCAAGAUGGACAAACUGUACCGUGGCUCAUCGGCUGAGCCAGGCCAAACCUCCCACUCCUCAGGCGGCAGUGUCAACAGCGUGAAUGAGCAGUUCUCCAAGCUCAUCGCCUCGGACACCUCGGACUCCCUAACCGCCCGCUUCAAGGGCACCCUGCAGCGCAAGUUCGGCAAGAAGGACAAGGGCACCACCGAGAAGCAGGGAGAUGGCAACGUGAUCUUUGUUAAGCAGGAGAACGGCACGGCAGGCAGGCCUGAGUUUGUGGACGUCUUCAGAGAGCAGGAUGAGAUGAACGAGGAGGAGGGGGAGGAGGGCAGCGGGACGAGGGGCUUCGAGGAUGAGGAGGAGGAGGAAGAAGGGGGUGGCCCGGCCAAAGAGUCCAUAUUCAACCGGCCCGGCCUGGGGAACAUGGUGUUCCGGAAGAACUUCUCCAUGGAGAUGGGCAUGGAGCCGGAGGACUUCCCUGGUGGGGACGCUGACGACCUGGGCUCCCGGAUCCGCAGAGAGGUCUUCCAGUCAGGGGAGGCAGGGGGCGACGUUGACCUUGGAGACGGUACCGACCCUGACCUUCCCUGGAACGAGGAGGACAUCGGGCUGGACGAAGAGGACGGGGAGACCUCGCCACUGGCUGCUUUCCUGGCAGCGCUCAGCAUGGUGGACUACGCACCCCUGUUCACCCGCGAGCAGCUGGACCUGGAGGCCCUCAUGCUGUGCUCCGAUGAUGACCUGAAGGGCAUUCGCAUCCACCUGGGGCCCCGCAAGAAGAUCCUGGAAGCAGCAGCCCGCAGGAAGGCAGCCUUACAGAAGCCCGGUGCCAUCGUGGACUGCGCUCUGUGAUUAAGGGAUGAGGAGGAAGAGAUAUCGAGCGGCUUCUUUCCCAUCACCUGCUCUGAAGGUGAUGCUGGUUGCUCAGUGUGCUGAAAUCUGAGUUUUGGGGCUUUCUCCGCCAUGAAAAAAAGACUUUGUCUGUAAUCUUCCACCCUGCACUGUUCUACUGCAAUCAGGGAUUAUGUUUCUUAUUUUAAAUGAUAGAUUCUAGGAAGUAGAGUUUCAUCUGCUCAUAGGUUAUGUUAAUUACUCAAGUAUCCAUGUAAUACCAUGCAGCCCAUUUCAUGUUAGUUUCUGGCUCUAGACAAUGCUGUGGAAUAUGCAUUAGCACAGCAGAGGCCACUAGCAUCUUG